AUGUCUUCUCCGUUAGGCGCAAUCAAGAUCCGCAGAAAGAAGAAUGUCAAAAAGGGUAUCCAGUUUUGUUUGAUGGUGUGCGGUGCCUCUGGCACAGGACGGACCACGUUUGUGAACACACUAUGCGGGAAGAAGGUUUUGUCUGGACUCGAUGCCGACGAUGCGUCGAACGCUCAUGUUGAGGAGAACGUAAAAAUCAAGCCAGUCACCGUUGAGCUAGAGUUAGACGAGGAGGGAACUAGAAUUUCUCUCACAAUCGUCGACACACCAGGUUUUGGCGAUCUAAUCGAUAACGAAGCCAGUUUUGGAGAGAUCGUCGGUUAUCUCGAGAACCAGUACGACGAUAUUCUCGCGGAGGAAUCCCGUAUUAAGCGUAAUCCACGUUUCCGCGACAAUCGUGUGCAUGCCUUACUUUACUUCAUUACCCCAACUGGCCACGGCCUUCGCGAACUAGAUAUCGAGCUCAUGAAGCGUCUUUCUCCUCGUGUUAACGUCAUUCCAGUCAUUGGAAAGGCUGAUUCCCUCACACCAGCGGAGUUGGCAGAGUCAAAGAAGCUUGUUAUGGAGGAUAUCGAACACUACAGAAUCCCCGUGUACAACUUUCCAUACGACAUCGAGGAGGAUGACGAAGAUACAGUCGAAGAAAAUGCCGAGCUUCGCGGUCUGAUGCCUUUUGCGAUUGUCGGCUCAGAUGAAGUUGUUGAGAUCGGGGGUCGCAAAGUUCGAGCUAGACAGUAUCCAUGGGGUGUUGUUGAGGUUGACAACCCAAGGCACUCUGAUUUCCUAGCCAUUCGUAGCGCCCUCCUCCACUCUCAUUUGGCGGAUCUGAAAGAAAUCACCCACGACUUCCUUUACGAAAACUACCGUACCGAAAAACUUAGCAAGAGUGUUGACGGUGGUGGUGGAAUUGACUCGUCCAUGAACCCAGAAGACUUGGCAUCCCAGUCUGUCCGCCUAAAGGAGGAGCAGCUGAGACGUGAAGAAGAGAAACUCCGCGAGAUCGAAAUCAAGGUUCAACGCGAAAUCAACGAGAAGAGACAAGAACUUCUAGCUCGCGAAAGCCAACUGAAAGAAAUCGAAGCAAGAAUGCAGCGGGAGCAGAGUGCACAGUUGGAGGCCCAUCAUAAUGGAGCAGUCGAUCACGAGUAA